AUGAAAUUCGCUAAUCAUCUACAACUAAAGCAUGCAAUUAAAUGUCAUGCAGUUGCCAAUGGGUUGGUGAUAAAGUAUUUGAAAAGUGAGAGCAAUAGGUUGUUGGCUGUUUGUGGACAACCAAAUACUUGCAGAUGGAGAUUGUGGGCUACACAAAUGUCCACAGAAGAAAGCUUUCAGAUUAAAACACUAAGAAACAAGCAUACUUGUGUUAGGGACUACAAUGCUAAAAUAGUAACAAGCAUCUGGCUAGCAAAAGAGUAUGCAAGGAAACUGAGGGAUAACCCCACUAUGAAACUUAAGGAAAUGAUGGCUGAUGUAAAGGAAACAUAUGGCAUAACUGUGACAUUGAAUCAGUGUUAUAGGGCAAAAGAGAAAGCAGUUGGAGAGAUUGAGAAAGACUUAGAAAAGCACUAUGGCUUGUUGUUCAACUAUGCAGAAGAAAUACAAUCAAAAAAUCCUGGAAGCAGGGUGGUGAUUGAUGUUAAUGAUCAAGAUGGUGCCAGAAAAUUUAGAAGAUUUUAUGUCUGUUUUGCUGGGAUCAAGAGGGGGUGGAAAGAAAAUUGCAGGAAGAUCAUUGGUCUUGAUGGUUGCUGGUUAAAGGGUAAGUGUAAGGGGGAACUAUUAUCAGCAAUAGGGAGGGAUGCAAAUGAUCAAAUGUUCCCGAUAUGUUGGGCUGUGGUGGAGGGAGAAUCAUACGACAGUUGGAGUUGGUUCCUUAAACUAUUGGUGUUGGAUUUAGGGCCUGAUGGACCUUUUAGCAAGGGUACUGGGUGGACUAUCCUCUCUGAUCAACAGAAGGGUCUGAUAAAGGCAGUGGGAGAGAUUAUGCCAGAAGCUGAACAUAGAAAUUGUGCUAGGCACAUCUAUGCUAACUUUAAGAAGAAGUGGGAUGGAGCUCAAUAUAGGAAGUGGUUUUGGGUUGCAGCCAAGAGUAGCACCAAGGCAGAAUUUGGUAAGGCUAUGUCUUCAAUCCUAACAUUGUCUAAGAAUGCACAUAAAUGGCUAAUGAUACAUGAUCCUAAUGUAUGGAGUAGAGCAUUUUUUAGUACUACCACAAAGUGCACAAAUAUUGAGAAUAAUAUGUGUGAGGUAUUUAAUGGUUCGAUUUUAAGUGCUAGGGAUAAAUUGAUUAUUCAUUUGCUAGAGGAUAUUAGGAGGGCUUUGAUGGAUAGGAAGGAGAGAAAUUCGGCAAUUGUGCUUGCAAAUGAUUCAGACCCUAUUUGUCCUAGAAUUCGAAAAAAACUAGAGGAUCAUAAACAAGUCUAUAGAUACUGGAAUCUAAAAUAUAAUGGGGAGGGCAUGUUUGAGGUUUAUAUUGGGCCAACUUGUGGUUAUGUAGUGAAUAUGAAAGAGUGUACAUGCACUUGUAACAUGUGGAAGCUUAGUGGUAUACCAUGUGUGCACGCUAUCAGCGCUAUAUACUAUGGAAAUGGGAAUCCAGAUGAUUAUGUAGAUGCAUGUUAUAUGAAGGAAACAUAUAGGCAGACAUAUAGUGGUUAUUUGCAACCAAUGGAAGGCUCCAACAUGUGGCCUGAGAGCAGUAUAAAUCCUGUGCUCCCACCUGUCGAAAGAAGAAUGCCAGGCAGGCCAAAGAAAGCUAGAAGAAAGGAAUUUGGUGAAGAUGUUGGCACCAGUAAAAAACAAUGUGAAGAAACAAUGAGAGUUAGCAGGAAGAAGUUACAAAUGACAUGUAGUAAUUGUGGAGGAUCUGGACAUAAUAAGAAGACCUGUAAGAAUCCAACUAAAGUUGUGAACUCUCAACCAAAGAAGAAUCGGGGUAGGCCAAAGGUGGAGAAGCCAACUACAUCUGUUGCUCCAAAGAAAAGGCAGGUGAAAAAAUACACCAACAUGGGAGCUGGUUUAUACAUUGAUCUCAAGACUGGCAAAACCUAUUUAAAUGGUUUCUUGAUACAAAGUGGACAAGCACCAAGUCAUGGUGGUGAAUCUUCAAAUCCUGCUACUGUUAUUUUAUCUCAAGAUGGUCCUUCCGCCACACAAUCCAAUGAAAUGGAAUAGAAUUGAUAUUAUGAUGAUGUAAUUAUUGGUUUUUGAAUCAUAUUUUGUGAUACUUUUGUCAACUUUGCUUGGUACUAAUUUAAAUUUUAAAAUUUAUUUAUUGAA